AUGCGAUCGGCCUGCUGGGCUUGCGAGGGUUGGGAGAGGCAGGAGAUUGUGUGGCUUUGCGAUCCCAAGGAGUCACCAAAAGCGGUCUGGGCCUUUACAUCUUUGGACGCUUUUCGCCGACCUUUGCGCUUGUAUCCAGAAGGCGCACAGGGUCAAUGGCGCAGCUAUAAAGCAGCUCGUAUGGUGCCUCCAGGCUACAGGCUCAAGGUUCUUUUCCAAGUCGACUCCACUUUGAGGCUGUUGCCGGAGGAGCGAAUCUCCCAGCCGGUGGAGAUCACCCUGCGAAUCUGCAAGGAUCUUCCCGACCUGAAUCCGGAAGAGGAGCAAAUAGUGAGAACCGAUAUUUCCCCGCGCAGUGGUCGGAAGAUAUUUGUGGCCAGCCUGCCAGAAGUGAAUGUCAUAAGGACACAGCCCGGUAGUCCCAAGACUGAAGCCCGAGGAGUUGUUGCUGAUGGACCGGUGGAUGGAUCAGUCGUCCUGCUGCCAAGAGUGACCGAGACUGAAUUCAAAGCUCAGGUGAAACGUGCACCUCCGUUCUGGAGUAAUUUCAGACAUGAGACACCAGCUCUCCGAAGGGAAUCUUUGCGAAUGGACUGGAUGAGAUGUCGCUUAGGCCAUGUGGUUCCGGAAGCCGAAAUUGAAGACAUCAAGAAGGCUCUCGAGCCUCAUGUUGGAUGGCUGAUGUGCCUCUAUCGCCGCCUGUCAUCAAUGGAUGUGUCGGGUGAGACGGGCUUUGGCAUCAGCCAAAUUCAGGCUGGGGAGCUGAUGAUGAGCACCGGAAUCUGCGACGGCUCAACCACCAAGGUGGCCGACAUCGACAGAUUCUUCAUUGCAGCAAAAGUAACCCCAGCUGAGUUGAAGAAGACACUGGCUGUGGUAAACGACAAGACGUUAGUCCGCUAUGAGUUCCUGGAGCUCUUGCUUCGUGUGGCACACCAUCACUUCUUGAAGUCUGGCGCGGCCGAGAACAUGGCCGAGGCAACAGUUCUGAUCCUCAAAGCAUUUGAGCCUGACGGAAGGCGUGCAGAACAAGAACUUCACGGAUUCUUCCGUGCUUUGUGCACAGAGGCAACGGAUGAUCUCUACAAGAAACACGCAGACCUUCUGGCGAUGGUGUACAAGCGCUUCGGCGGCUCAAAGACACCACCUGGCAAGCCAAAAUUCAUGGCGCUUGGCGAAUUCCAACAGCUGCUGGAGGUAGCAAACAUCCACGGCUUGGGCUUUCAACCGAGACAAUCGUCCCUCGCAUUUCGCAUGGGCAUGAUGUGCCAGAGUGAUGAAUCGGGUUCAUCGAGAUUCCAAGAAAUGACGCUCUUCGGCCCGCAGUUUUGUUGUGCAAAGACUACCAUCAAGCAUCAAUCACUCUGCCAGUCUCUCGAAACUUCGGCCCUCCGCAAGUUGAGAAAUUCACAAAAUAAAAUUGAAACAUGCCAAAGCAACAAAUCCACGCCUCCUGAACACACAACGCAUGCUGACAGAACUUCGAGUAUGUUAGCUGGUUUGAGUUGGGGCAAUUUUAAGGAGGCUUGUCGAGGCUUGUCGGUCAGAUCAGGCUCUUAG